AGGGGAGGGGCUCCAGAGGAGGGGGAGAGGAGGAGAGCCCGGGUGGGGGUGAGGGAGGAGCGGAGCGGAGCGGUGUAGAGCAGAGCCGGUCGUGUGGCCGUGCUGGGCUGGGCGAUGGACGGGGCGCUGAGCAUCGCGCUGCUGAGCCUGGCCAUGUUCGGGGGGUCGCUGCUCCUGGGGCUGAUCCCGCUGCUCGUCCGGCUGCCCGAGGCGAGGCUGAGGCAGGUGUCGGUGCUGGGAGCAGGGCUGCUGUGUGGGACGGCGCUGGCUGUCGUCAUUCCCGAGGGCAUCGAGCUGCUGAUGGCGGCCCCCCCCUCAGGCCGGCUGAGGAACCUGUCGCUUGACCCCGUCACCACGGAGUCGCCGGCGGGGGCCGAGGGCAGGGCCUGCGCCCCCUCGCACGUCUUCAUCGGGAUCGCCCUGGUCACCGGCUUCCUGCUCAUGUUCCUCAUCGAUCAGAUCACCGCCUGUAUCACCGGGCAGGGGCAGGGACAGGGAGAGCAGGGGAGGGGGGCAAGGAGUAGGACCGGUCUGACCGCCACCCUGGGACUGGUCAUCCACGCUGCAGUGGACGGGGUGGCGUUGGGAACAGCCGCCGGAUCUUCCCAGGUCUCCCUUCAGGUCAUCGUCUUCCUGGCCGUGAUCCUGCACAAGGCUCCCGCCUCCUUCGGCCUGGUCUCCUACCUGCUACACAUGGGGCUGGAGCGGAGGCAGAUCUACCGCCACCUGCUGGCCUUCUCCCUCGCAGCACCCCUCCUCGCCCUCACCACCUUCUUCAUCGUCCGCCAGAGCAGCCUGGAGUUGCUGCAGCAGACCAAAGCCACGGGCGUCGGGCUCCUCUUCUCCGCCGGCACUUUCCUCUACGUAGCCUCCGUGCACGUCCUCCCCGAGGUCAGCGGACAGCGGCCCCACCCCGAGGUCGAGGGUCGGCUGGGCCUGGGCCUCCUGGACAGCCUGACCAUGGUGCUGGGCUGUACCCUCCCAGUCCUCCUCUCUCUGGGGCUGCACAAUGCCCAGUGAUGCCCCCCCCCCCAGGACCUUACGUGGGGGGCGGGGAGGCGGGUACGGGGGAGGUCUGUUUGAUCUGCCACAGUCCAGUCCCGCUCACAGCCUUGGAGUUUUGUUCCUGGGUGUGAAAAGCUGGGAAAACUGAAGGACGGAGGGAGCAGGGAGGCAUAGCCGGAGUGGCAGUGGCUAGGAUAUCCACAUAUCCCGGGGUUAGAGCGUACAAGGAACAUCUGUGCCUUCUGACACCAUUUGUGCAUGAGGCGUCUCUGUGUGUCCCUCCCCUUUUCUCCCUCCUCCCCCUCCCUCUGUUCCCCUCCCCAACCCCCUUCUUUGUUUCUCCCUCCUCUCUCCAACAAACAGUCACUUUCUCACUUCUCAUUCCUCUGCCCUCUCCUCCCCUGCCCUUUUCUCUUCAUUUCCCCCAUCCUCUUUCCCUCUCCCCUCUGUCUCCCUCUCCCUCUGCUCUGUCUCUCCCUCCCCCUGUCUCCCUCCCCCUGUCUCUGGAUAUGUGUGUGAUAUUUGUCAAGUGAACACAAUGCAAAGAUAAGGCCAGUACUGGUGAGACAGACAGCUGCCAUGAAUGGGUGUGGAGCGGCUGGGGUCAGUAAUGAUUGCCAGGGUGUGACUAGCUCUCCUUUCUUCCUUACCGAUAAUAAGCGAGUUCGGUAUUCCGACUGCGCAUGCCCAGGUCAAAGGUCACUAUGCAUAAACAGCCCUGGAAAGCAGUGAAGCAGUGGACCUUCAUUUCUUCUGUUUUUUCCAGCUUUGAUUCUUCUAGGUAAGAAAAUAUAUUGCUUUCAAACUAUGAAAUUGUUGUAUUUAUUGUCCCUUUGUUAAAAGCUAAAGGGCCUGUCCCACCAGCAUGCGAUUGCAUGCAUCUAGCGCGACCAAACGGAAGCGGAGUUCGCACUGAGUUCGCGCAAAGUUCGCGCGUGAUGUAAUUUACGUCAUACUCACCAAUCAGCUGGGCAGGAGGCGGGCCGACUGAAUUUGGACGUCGCGAGAUGGGGGGAUGGGGAUGGGGACGGCACAGCAGCAACUCAACAGACCCGGGCCCAACACCGACCAUGGACAAGCACGAUCUCGCUCACUCACCAAAGCACAAUAAAGCAGUAAAAACAACAAAAUAAUGUUAGCUUUUAACAAAGGAACAAUAAAUACAACUAUUUCAUAGUUUGAAAGCAGUAUUUUCUUACCUCGAAGAAUCAAAGCUGGAAAAAACGAAGGUCGACUGCUUCACUACUCCACCUUUGAUCUGGGCAUGUGCAGUCGGAAUAUCGAACUCGCUUAUUGUUUCCAGACGUGGCUGUUGGUAGGAGACACAUUUACUUGUUCAGUUGAAGUUACUGGGGCAGCCGACAUUAUCACUGACUGUCAGACCGUGGGGGAGAGACGGUGUGUUCUGCUUUGUUCCAGCUGUGGUGGCCACAGAGUCGUACUGUUCUGCCCCCAACUCGCCAUGCUAAUGAGGGCUUACUGGGGUCACGAGGGGGUUACUAGGGUAAUGAGGGGGUUACUGGGGUCACGAGGGGGUUACUGAUGCAUUCUGUUUGCUGAAGGCUCCAUGUACCAAGAUGCCCAGAUCCUCUCUCCCUCUGUUCGUCUGUGCGGUCUGCGUUUCAUGAGGCUGACAUCCUGGAAGAUUAUUCACCCUGUUGAUCUCUAUGUUCCCCUCCUCCCCUUGCGCCUGUCUAUCCUGAGACCUCUGAUCCCAGGCCCAUCUUGGGCUCCGUGUUGGCUGCACUGUGAACGGCCCAGCAGUCUGCGAGAGUAGUGCGGUUGUUCCCCUUGUACACUUGCCCCACUUGGCCAUGGACCUUCCAUCUCUGAUCCCGGGCCCUGUAUCUCCAGUUGUCAAGGCUUUGGGGUAGUCAGUGUACAAUUGCCACUCUAGUUUGAAAGAGUUUGCCUAGAGGCCCCUCCCACUCCCCGGGGGUUGUCUUCACUGCUUCUUCUUUCGUGUGGCGUGCACAGCUUAAAGUUUUUGGACAACUUGUUCUAUUUGAUCUUCCGUUUGUGCACGUCGAGUUGAUUGCAUUAGUCGAAACAGGGCGGACCAACGUGAAAGUUGCAAUCUUCCACCCUGUUGUCUUCACUGGGAGGGAGAAGUGAUAGAAUGGGUGUAGGUGGGAGAUGCAGUCAUCUGCCAUUGUUCCGGUUGCUCUUUGUGGAGAUUAUUCCUACAGGAUGUUGUUGCUUCCAGAAUUAAUAUCUCAAUCUCAUCGACAGAAGGUACAAGCCUUAGCACAUUUACUGUAUUAUGCCCACCUCACAAUCUAAUGAAGAUUGAGGCUACUGUAUAUUAACUUUAGUUUCAAGUCUAUCUAAAGAAAGCAUAAUGAUUUAUUUUCGACAUAGACUGCCUUUUUGUGACGGAUGCAUACCUGCAUCUUUUUUUAAACCUAGAUUGAUGUAGAGCAGCCCAGAGUGCGGCAUGAACUGUUAUAUGCAUACUGACGCUGUGUUGUCUCAUAAACAGCACUGUACAUAGAGGAUAAGUGGGUUGAGCUGUGUGUCAACUGCCUCAUGUAAAUAAAAUUAUUUGGCUCGGA